AUAAAACCGUAAAUAUUAACUUAUUUUAUAUGGAAUUUAUGUGUAAAAAUGUGUAAAUGAUAGCAUUUUAAAACAUAUUUUAUGAAAAGCAAUUUACUCAAGAGAUAUUUAAAGCAGUUUUCAUCACCAGACAUCAUUAAUUGUUGUGGAAACUGAAUUGUUUGAAGUUGAAAUAUUAAUUAAGUAAAUGGCAGAGGCCUAUCCACCACCCGAAGAAGAAGAAUUCUUUAAGCCGGUUCCAGAGGAAGGAGCUCAGAAAUACGGUGAACGUUGUCCAGUAUGCGCCGAUUGCACUGAUCUAGAAGAUAAAUUCGACUGCGAUGUAUGCCCGGCGUGCAACGAAUUUUUUGAAGUAGUAGUUAGAGGUUCAAGAGUUCUGAACUGUCAAUUCUUAGGAAGUUGUGAUGUGACUGUAGCCAGCGGUAAUAUCUGUCACUUUUGUAAAAUGAGUAAAUGCUACUGUGUUGGGAUGAAUUCUUCAAAAGUCUUUCUGGAUGCUGCUCAUUAUGAAUUUAGAAAGAGAAGAAUGACCGCUCCUCCUCCUCCUUUACCUCAACCAUUUCGGCUUAACUGGGAGAACACUCAAUUCCUAGAUUGUCUCAUUUACAUGGAGCAGCAUUACUAUCAAUGGCUAAAUCUUUCGAGAGAAUAUCAAAGACUAUCUGUAGACGACAAAAUACUCUUAAAACAAAGAAGUUAUUUAAGAGGAACGGCGUUGCAGAUGAUGGAAAGAUCAAUGUUUGCUCACGAUGUUUUAUGGCUCCAUAACUGUUUCUACGAUCCCUAUGCUUGCGAUAUGCCGCCUCUACGAGUAGUAGGAUGCUUAAUUCUCAAUCUUGUGGUAGAUUUCAGAGAUGCCAACAUCAGUAUGGAUCAGUUUAAACUUUUAAAAGUCAAGUUGGCAUUGAAAGAUGACGUUAAAAUCGAAGAUGAACACGAAUUUCCUGGAUAUCUUCAUCAAGAUAUGUCAACAAUCGAAGAACAUAUGAACAUACAUGUCAACGAAGGUAACAUUUCUCUACGUAAUGCGGAAGAUUUAACUAUUAUCUCCGUAAGCAGGCUGUUCGAAUAUUCAGUAUAUCCAGAUGAUUAUGAAUUUCCUCAACAUAGAAUUAAUGUUGUGCGUGAUGAGGGUGGAGCUCAAGGACAAGCAUGAAUUUCACAAAAUUAGUGCAGUUAAUGAAAAUUUUUUUAUAAUAGACUAGUAGGAUGAGAUUUUUGUUUUAAAAUAUUGUUAAGCUUUUUAUGCUGAUUAGGCUCCAAAACAAUAAAAAUGUAUUAAACUAAUAAAGU